AUGUCAGGAUCGGAGGAUCUGUUAAAAAGUUUACCUUCAUGGACCCACUACUAUGAGAAAUUCGAAAAGAGCCCCCCAGGAUGUACAGAUACAAAUAAAUGCAACACGGAAAGAGAUAGUUAUGGAUUACUUAAUAGGGGUCUAGGGAACGAGCACGUUCAAGCUGGGAAUACACUGGCCUAUAUAUACGAAACAUACGGAGGAGGUCAACAUAGGAAACCAGCCGAAUGUGAAGCGCUGCACUUCUUCUUUUAUUGGUUGGGUGACAAAUUACCUGAGAGUGCAAAAAAUGUUGCCUUUCAAGCUAUGAUAAGUACUAUUUGCAGCGCAAUAAAUAGUCCUUCUGAGAAACAAGCAUGUGGAAUUCCCCGUGAUGAUCAAUCAGUUGACAAGGACCUCUUCCUGCAUAGAAAAAUCAUAUUCGAUUUCUGGUAUGACCAUCCUACUAUACAGGUGCUUCUAGAAAAUAGUGGAUCCGAAGGACUUGAGAAAUGUGAAAAGUACAUACAGCGCGUAAAAGCAGCACAUUCCGCUGUGGCUAUAAACUGUGCGACGGAAACUACUCGUAGUUACUGCACCACAUUUUGGAAAGACCAUCAGGAAAAAAUUAACCUGGCACUAGCACAACUGCAAUCUAAAUUUGAUUCUGCACAGCAAAGAAUACAACGCAAAGCAAUAACAGCAUCCAACCAGUUAAACGAUGCUAUCCAUCAAGCAAACAAAGCUUCUUCUCUUUCUUCUGCUUUUGGUACCUUAGCAGCAUUAGAAUUACCAGCAUUGGCAUAUUUUCUAUAUAAGGUAAAAAAUUACAAUUACAGUUCCGAAAUAUAA